UCGUGACUUUUCGCCGACGACAAUGGACGCGCCUGUGGACGACGCGGCCAUGGAGCAGUAUGCCGAUUGGUUGGAUAAUUUGGAGAAGACGGAUCCGGAAGGCUACGAGCAGUUUAUUGCCACAAUGCAGAGUCAACUGCAGGCCGCAGGACUGGGACCAGAGAGCUCCGCUGGUGCACCACAAGGUGACGCAGAUGUAGCAUUGCUCGACAUGCUAAAGAGCUCAGCAGGUGGACGAGGAGGGGCCGCCGACACCAUCUCGUCUGAUUUCAAGCCGCGGUUUCCUGGUGACAAGAUUAUGGGGAAUGAUGGCUUGAAAGCCACUCCAGAGGGGGUGUACAUUGAUGUGAAGCCUGGCUUCGUCAUGAAGACAACCGAUGUUAAGAACAAAAAGAAGGUUUUUGUAAAUGUAGUAUAUGCGGAUGAAAUUCAAGCGUUCUCAGAGAAGAAAAAGCUGGACGAUGAAGGCAAGGAGCAAGAAGGAAUUCACGUUCCGCUCAGUCUAGGUGCUCCACAUGAGGUUGAGGACAAGAAGGGAGUGAGCUCGCUGGCUUUUGACGUGGCAGUGAACUCGAAAGUCGUUGAAGACUGUCAAGCUGACAAAACAGGAGCAUUCCGCAACUUUGUGUGCGAGCUUGCGAUCGAGUACAUCGACCAGAAGUACAAAAUCAAGCUCGACGAUCGCUACAAACUGCCACGACUGACAUACCGUGGAGAGCUACCACCACCAAAGCACUACAUACGCAAAACGCAGGCUCCAAUCAUCCAAGAAACAGCCACAGCGACGUAUGAGCUAUUUGAGGAGUGCAACGAUACCCGUACGGCCUGCACGCGACUUCCUUCCGUUUCGAAGGACAGUAUACCGUUGUCACCUGAGGUGCUGGAGCAAGCGGGAGAUCGGUUGAUCGUCUCCAUUACGUUUCAAAACAAGGUACAAGCAGCAAGUGACAUUGAACUGGAAUUACACGCUGAGCUAUUGAGCGUCAAGACCGUUAGUCAUCACGAUACGGAGAUCUUUCUCCCGUAUCCCGUAGAUUUAAACUCUGCUAAAGUCUGCUUGGAUCAGGGUCGCAAUACGAUGGAGAUAACACUGCAAAUCGAUAAGUCAUGGGAGGGUGUUGGACCUGACUGCGGCUCAGCUCCGUGGCUAUUGGCAAGGGCGCUAGACGAAGAGGGUGGAGACGUUUGCGAGGGUCCAGCUAACUGUGCUAAUGAAAAACCCAAGUCACUAUUGGAGAUGUUCCAUCUGGCCAACGCAGCGGAGUCGAAGAAUGACCCGUUCGGAAUCACAUCGAGAGCUACGCCACGAUGGGACCCCGUACUGGAAGACGAAGAACUACCUGAGGAUCGAUUUCAUCGGAAGGAUAUGAUGUCCAUGCACAUAUUGGAACAACGGCGAGUUGAGCGUGAACAGAAGGCGAAGGAGGCUGAGUCCAAGCGGAAGCAGAGACGUGCUGAGGUCGAGGACAUGCAAAAGAAGGCAACAGAGGCUGGAAAAACAUGGCGGGAAAUGUACCCGAACGAGCCGGAGACGACCUACAUCGACAUGGAAGACAUUGUUCGACAGGAGAAAGAGAGACUCGAUCGUCACCAAGAAAAGCGGAAAGAAGAGGAAGAUCCCACCAAAGAAUGUAUACCAACAGAGGAUGCACUGCGGAUGGCUGUGAAAUGGUCGGAGAACAACAAGAACGGCAACUUAGACUUGCAAUCCGCCUUAGCAUUUGAGCUGCUCUAA